GCACACGAACUAUACCGCGCGACCUGUCCCGCCGAUGAAUGAUAAUAAAAUUAAAAAUAAAAAUAAUAAUAAUUUUAUACGAGGAAAAAAUGACAAAAUAAUAUCGUUAUUGUAUUAUUAUUGUAUCGUCCGCGGGUUUUUCGUGCGUUUUUCCUCCACGACAUAUUGUGCAGUUUUAUUUUAUUUUUUUCUCAGUUUUUCGCAUUUCGUUCGCACCGACCGAGGUUUUUAAAUAAUAAUUUUAUUAUUAUUAUUAUUUUUUUUUUUUUUUUGGUCACGUUUUGUUUUUUUUUUUGUGUUUUGUGUUCGUUUAAUCGUUUUUGCUCUUGUCGCGUCUAUCCGUUUACUCGUAGUACACACUGUUCGUUCGUUUUCGAAAACGGAAAACAAAAAUAAUUCGUUAUCAUUUUUCUUUCGACGUCUCCGAUACAUAAAGGUACAGUCUACAUGCUAGACGCUUUGGACUCCGUCGUUUCGUCCGUAGCAUGGAAUUGUCCUCGGUGAAUUGUUCGCCCCGAGAUCAAAUCGUUCCCGACUCUUGUAACGGCAAUAAUUGGGCGAACGAACAGUUGGACUUUAAUUGGCAAAUGCAGUUUCUAAACACAUUACUCUAUGGAUGCGACAAACUGGAAGCGAAGGCAGAGGAGAAGCGGAUGGGCACCGGCAUGGAUCAUAAAUCUACUUGGUACUGCAACGCGGCGAACAAGACUCCCGACUUCGAUUCGAUGUUACAAGGACUGAUGGUGGACGAUCAACAUGUCAUAAAGUCUAGAAACGAGCCGGUCUUAUGCGACUUCUUCGAGACAACCGGCAUGGGUGCGCGGACUGUGCAGGACUCGAUCCUCCAGAACGGUCACCAUACUGAUGAAUCUCAAGAGCCUCCGUGGUUCGAGAUGAACGAGGUGGUGGACCCCCAAAUGUUCUCUACGCUCGACGACCAAGCGCUGCAGGUGACUCACGUAAAAGUGGAAGCACCGGAAGCCAACAGUCCCGAGUACCAGUCGGUGGCCAGCCCCGGGCUGUACACACCGUCUUAUUUGCAUGUGCACUAUCACCACCAUGAUCACCAUCACCAACAGCAUCACCACCAUCACGGUUACUUCCCACGCGUGGCACCCAUGACGCCUCCCAUUUCUGAGCCAGGUUCGCCCGGUAAACGGCGGACGCCACCGCCACCGUAUCCUACACCCCGCUGCAACACUAUCCAAAGAUCGAUGAAGUUCAACAGACGUAACAACCCGGACUUGGAAAGGAGACGGACUCAUCAUUGUAAUUUUGGCGGUUGCAACAAAGGAUACACUAAAAGCUCUCACCUAAAAGCCCACCAAAGAAUACACACAGGCGAAAAACCGUACCGGUGCACGUGGUCGGCGUGCGAGUGGAGUUUCGCGCGGUCGGACGAGCUGACCAGACACUACCGGAAGCACACGGGCGACAAACCGUUCCGGUGCGAGGUGUGCGAACGGUGUUUCGCCCGGUCCGAUCAUCUGGCGCUGCACAAGAAACGGCAUCAGCCCAAGAACGCGGCGGCGGCGGUGGCGCAGCAUCAGCAGCUGAUGGACCAUCCGUCGUCCAAAGUCGGGGUCGACCAACAACACCAGCAGAAACACCAGCAGCUGAUGAUGUUGAACGGCGGCGGCGGCGGAGGCGGCGGCAUGGUGUCCGGUCCAAAGGCCGGCGGAGGCGAGUACGUCGUCGACGGUCAACAGCCGGUCUGCAGGCAAAUGGUGCCGGCCUUGUGAUCGGUGCGCGCGCUCACUACACACGCGAUGAUAUUAUAAUAAUUUCAUGUAAAUAUUAUAAUAUUAUUAUUAUUGGCGAUGAGAUAGGCUGUGGCAGUCGAGCCGGUUGGUAGAAAUGGACGUCGGGGUGAAGAGGGGGUUAGGAGGGAUUUUUGUGAGUUUUUUCCAUUUGUAUAUUGGUAGGUACAUAUUAUAAUAAGUAUAUGUAAUUUUUUUUUUUUUUCGUGGUAUUUCUGCACGGAAACAAGCGCCUGUUUGCUGCUGUUGCAGUUGACCCGUAGGAAUUCGGUCGUCGGUCGCCGCACAAUGACACCUUAACGAACGACUAUUGUGCGCUAGUGAAAAUAAUAAUAAUAAUAAUAAUAUAUCAUACAACUAUCGUGCAUAUUAUUAUUAUGUACACAUACGCGUGUGCGCCAUUCGAAAAUAGAAGGAAAAACAAAAAGAACGGAUAAGUGACGGACAAACGACCGCGACCUCGCCGCCAUUCCGGGUCAAACCGCGUAAGUACCGCCGCCGCCCGUCGACGUGUGUAAUAUCAACGGUUCUCCUCUAUAAAGCAAACAUUGGACAGCGGCAACAAAUAAUAAUAAUAAUAAUAAUAAUAUGGUACCUGCAAUAUAAUAAUAAUAAUAAUAAUAUAAUACUGCUGC